GGGCCUGGAAGCACCAACGCUGCCUUUUCAGAUUAAGCAACUUUGCCAAAUUCUCGCGCAAUUCUGGUUAGUCCCCUCUGGCUACCCGUCCUCAAGCAGCCUGGCCUCAUACAUUACAUCACGAAAUCUGAGCUGAGACAUACACCAACAAUAUGUGGAGCUUGAUAAUCCCCAUUGCUCUAUUUCUAGCGCACACUGCUGCGCAUUGGGCUACCCACUAUUCGUUCCAGGAGGGCGUCAUAUAUCUCCAGCUAAAAAACGAUGAUCUCGUUGCACUAAACUUUUCCAUGUCUGGGUUUGAUGGGCUAUCUGGAAGUUCUCUAGCCGAAGUGAACAUUGAGCAGAACCAAGAGGUUUUCCCCUUGACUGCACCUCCGCAAAACUCGACGAUGUUUGUAUCUCAAAAACACCUCUAUGCGUUCUCAGGUGCCGUGGAUGAGUCUUUAUCCACUUUCGACAAAUGCGGGAACGGUGUUUUCCAGCUUCUCAAGUAUGAGGCGGCGUCGGACUCGUGGGUGUAUGCCUCGGACAACAUGACGUUUUCCGGUGUGGAAAAUGUGUCCUUCUACCAGGACUCCACGUACUUGACCUCGCUCACCUCGUCGGAGGUCUAUGUCUACGGGGGUGUGUGCACAGCCACGGGCGAGGUGUCCAGCCGGCUUCUAUCAUUCGACAUGGAAACCAUGCUGUUUGCAAACAUCAGCACCUCGACCGAGCCGCAAGGCUUUUAUGGCGGGGUGAGCGUAUGGGCACCCAGCCCCCUGCAGCUGUUUGUUGUGGGCGGGCGCUCCGAGGCCGGCUGGCUCAACAUGUACCAGCUUGCCACGUGGAACUUCCAGUCGGGGUGGCUGUUCCAGAGUGUUCUGAAAAACGGGACCACGGUUCUGUCCCGCACAAACGGCCUCGUGCUUCCGGUCUUCAGCGUGUUAUCUGACGACACCGAGGAGACGUUUCUCCGGAACUACAAUCCGCAGGCCGUGCUUGUUCUAGGCGGCGAGGCCUCCGGGCAGUCGGAGGCCGCCUGGGCCAAGCUCCUGUAUGAAGACAACGAGUGGAGCUGGCAGAGUUUGGAGCUGGGUCUCGAAGACAGUGAUAUUCUUGGAGCCGCGGUGAUUUUCGACACGCUUGUCGUGGUGAACGGCUCCUCGCAGACUGCCGCAGGCAAGCGCCUGGACAGCUCCUACCAUUUGAAUCUCUACGACAUCAACAGCAACUUCUCGUUGGUGGACGACUUGCAGAGCAACACCGUGAGCAAAAGUGCAACACAAGCGGCCUCCAGCACCAGUGUGUCGAAGAGCACCAAGAUCUUGGUGGGCACGUUGGUGCCUCUUUCCGCGUUGGCCAUCAUCUUCGGAAUUGCCAUGUAUGUUUGGCGGCGCAAAGUGGCGCUGAAGGACACGGCCAGUCUCGCCGGGCCCAUGGACUACCAGCUCGGCCACUAUCGCACCCAGCUGGACCAGCAGUACUCGCUUUUGGGCAGCAGGCCGUUGGACUUGUACCAGCAUGUGAACGACACGAGCUCCACGCUUGAGGGAGCCUCGAUAGACUCGUGGGUGCGCAAAAGACAAGAGUACGACGCGUCGCACGGCCGGCCAUACGCCCGCCACAGCUACCUUGCGCUGAACGAGACGUUGGGCUCACGCGCGGAGGAGUUCACUGACGAGCUUACACUCCUGUCUCCUCCUCCAGCAGUGGUGUCCCCGGAGGGCUCGCCGCAGAAGAACGCGCUUCCUGUGCGGAUCAGCCAGCUCCGCAGCUUUCUGUAUAGCCAAACCCCGCCGCAGCUGCCGAUGCUCCAGCGCAAGUCACGGCUUGAUCCGGGGUUCCUCGGUCUUGGCGAGGGCCUCGGCGCCAGUGCUCUUGCUGAAAGUGAGGGGGAGGUCUCCGACGAGAAUUUGGACGUGCAGGUGUUGGUGAGUUCCAAGAGAAAGUCCGUGCUUCGCGUGAUGAAUCCAGACGCGGACACGGCCGGCGAGGGCGUCCGCCUACGAAACCCGUCGAAGUAGGCUUGGGAAAAUAGAAGUUUUCUUCAUGGGAACGGCCGUUGGGGAGACGCCCGAGCUGGUGCACCGCCUGUGCUCAGGUUCCUCGUAUAAGUAGUGACAGGGGGGCAUGUCCGUGAGUCCGUGGCUCGAGGGACUUCUGGGUUGCGUUGGGCAUGACGCGGCUUCAGUGCUGUCGUUUAUGAAUGGCUUUUCUCUCUUAUGAUAUUAUUCUUGUGCAGGGGAAAUAUGGGAUAAGCAAGAUGGGUUUGGGAGUCUCGCUUGUCGCGAAAUGAAUCGGGAGUCACCAAGCCCUUUGUAAUUCUAACUGAAAAAGUUGUACGGCCCAUCACCUAGGAACCGAUAUGUGGACAAUUCAGUCACAUCCAGUUUCUGUAGAUGUCUGGUUCCUGCCAUGAGCGUAUCUCGCAGAUGGAUCCGUUUUGAGGUGCAAGCGGAUACGCUCAGAAAUAGAGCGAAUGAGCUGUUUAACGAUGUAUCGUCAACCUGGUAGUUUG